UUGAACUGUCAGUUGCUUCCUCGCAGUUUGGUCAGUUUGGCAAAAGUCUCAGCAGGUGUGGUGUGUGUUUCGCAAAAGCUAACCUGUACGUAUCGUAUUAUUUCGGCGGUCCACAACUUCCUCACAGACUUUUCGAAAAUUUUCGUCAAGACGUCCUCGAGUGCUCGAAGAAACGCCGUUUUCUGACAGGUGCAGACAAAGUCUUCGCAGGCUCAGAUUUUUAUCGGCGUGAAAGAAGUGAGGAGCUAUUUCAAGAUUGCCGUAACACCGCACUUUUUUAUAAGUCGAAAGCGGCCUUCUAGUCAUGAUGAGGUGAAGUAAUCUCGAGGAUGCUCAUCCGGCUGAACCGAGGUGGCCCACGGCGGGCCGCCUUCUACGCCAUCCUUCUACUAUUUGUGGCCGCCAUCCUACUCCGCAUCGGUAUCCUUUGCCUAACUGAGGACGAGCCCGCAUCGGCGAUGCUCUCGCCGAAUAAGUACGUGGUGGGCCCGGACCACAAAGCGUACGAGUACAACCGCGACAUGCCGCUUAUCUUUAUAGGCGGUGUGCCGCGAUCCGGCACGACUCUCAUGCGUGCCAUGCUAGACGCCCAUCCGGAUGUGAGGUGUGGGCAAGAAACCCGCGUAAUCCCCCGUCUUCUCCAGCUCCGCUUCCACUGGCUCAAGUCCGAGAAGGAGUCCCUGCGUCUCGAGGAGGCCGGAAUCACCAAAGCUGUCCUCGAUUCCGCCAUCGCCGCGUUCACCCUAGAGAUAAUAGUUAAGCACGGCGAACCGGCGCCUCGCCUCUGCAACAAAGACCCUCUCACUAUUAAAAUGGGGACGUACGUGGUGGACCUCUUCCCCAACGCGAAAUUCAUCUUCAUGGUGCGGGACGGCCGCGCCACCGCUCAUUCGAUCAUAACGCGCAAAGUGACGAUAACGGGCUUCGAUCUGUCGAGUUACAGGCAGUGCCUGAAAAAGUGGAACAGUGCGGUCGAAGCCAUGAAUAAUCAGUGCAAAGAGCUGGGACCGAACAGGUGCCUGAAGGUGCCGUAUGAACAAUUGGUGCUGCAUCCGAGGAAGUGGAUGGAGAGGGUGCUCAAGUUCUUGGAUAUUCCGUGGAACGAGUCGGUGCUGCACCAUCACGAGUUUAUCAAUAAUGGAGUUAGUUUGAGCAAGGUUGAGCGAUCGUCCGACCAGGUAAUCAAGCCUGUUAACCUGGAAGCUCUGACGAAGUGGGUCGGCGCCAUCCCGGACGACGUCGUCAAAGACAUGGCGGACAUCGCACCGAUGCUGUCGGUGCUGGGAUACGACCCCUACGCCAACCCGCCUAAUUACGGAAAGCCCGACGAAGUCGUCGCCAUCAACACAAAAAAUAUACAGAAGCACAAAGGAGACUGGGACAAGAAAGCCAAAGAAUUGUUUAGUAAUCGAUGGGAAGAAGGCGGAGGCGGCGACACGGCCCUCGACAAAGAACCCAGUGACAGUCCAAACAAUACCACGUGAUAAUACGUAUAUACAAUUAGGUGUUUUCAAUUUGAUUGUGUAUGGACAAGGACCAUCGAGUGACUUUGAUGUGCGUGAAAGCAGAAAGGCGGAGCUUAUUUAUAUUCGAUGUCACUGUGACCAGCCAGUAUCAGAACUCUGUUUAAUUUAUUUACGAAUUAUUUGUUGACUUGUUUGGUCAUCUGGAUUAUUGAUUAGGCGGUACUAACCAAAUCUGUUGAUUGGAUCUUCUGGAUUUACUGUUUUAACUAACUUUGUUAAAUUUACAAAUUUUUUCCAAAGUUUUACUUCGAAUAAAAGUAUUUUAUUACA